GAAUAUGAGUAUGUGAGUGCGGUAGAGUUUGUUUAAGAAAAUGACAAUCUAGUGAACGGAUAGUUAAUGCUUAUAUGAAUAUAAACGGUGCGCGCUACUUUAGAAUGCGUUAUUCCGUAUUCCGUAGCAGACGUAGACGUUUACUUUUGUGGUGAGUGGUAAGUGGUACUUUGGAUCAUGAGUACCGUUACCUGUAUUGCACCUGUUAAUAUUGCUGUAAUAAAAUAUUGGGGCAAAAAAGAUGAAACAUUAAUAUUACCAGCAAAUGAUUCUAUUAGUGCCACCUUAGAUACAGAUCAGUUAUGUGCAAAGACUACUGUAAUGGUCAGUCCACAUUUUAAAGAAGAUUCUAUAUGGUUAAAUGGAAAGGAAGAAAACAUCAGGAAUCCCAGAAUACAAUCCUGUUUAGCAGAGAUUAGAAAACGUGCAGGAGCUUCCAAUGCUAUAGGAAAAUGGAAAAUUCAUAUUUGCUCGGAGAAUAAUUUUCCAACUGCGGCUGGUUUAGCCUCUAGUGCAGCUGGCUAUGCUUGUUUGGUAGCAGCACUAGCUAAGCUAUACGAAGUGGAGGGUGACAUCAGCUCAAUCGCUCGUGUUGGCUCUGGAUCAGCAUGCCGCAGUGUUUUAGGAGGCUUUGUGAGAUGGCACAUGGGUUCUGAUCCAAGUGGAACUGAUAGUAUAGCAAAACAAAUUGUACCUGCCUCUUAUUGGCCAGAAAUGAGAGUAUUGAUAUUAGUUGUAAAUGCUGCACAGAAAAAAGUCUCUAGUGCAGUUGCAAUGAAAAGAGGCAUGGAAACAUCGGAGCUGUUGAGACACAGAGUAAAACACAUUGUGCCAAUAGCAGCAAAUAAAAUGCAACAAGCAAUAAUAGAAAAGGACUUCAAAACUUUUGCCAAACUCACUAUGAAGGAUUCUAAUAAUAUGCAUGCAACGACUUUAGAUACAUAUCCUCCGUGUAUUUAUUUAGAUAAUACCUCACAUGCAGUUAUUGAUUUAAUUCAUUCUUAUAAUAAUGCUUCUAAUGAUACAAAGGUUGCGUAUACAUAUGAUGCAGGACCAAAUGCUACAUUGUAUCUUUUAGAAAAAGAUGUUCCAGAAGUUAUGGGUGUAAUAGAUUAUUUCUUUCCACCGUUACAGGACAAUUUAGUUGAAUAUAGGAAAGGAUUGCCUAUGGAAACAGUUAAACCUUCGCAAAAUUUGUUAGAUAAGAUAAACAUUCGAAAGCACGAACCAGGAUGUUUUAAAUAUAUUAUUUAUACACGAGUUGGUGAUGGUCCUAAGUAUCUUGAGAAUCCCAAAGAUCAUUUGUUAAACAAUCAAGGGUUGCCGAUUCAUCACAUAUAAAUUUUUCGUAGUAGAAACUUUAACAAUGCAACAUGAUAAAUUAUAAUUAUCUAUGAAAUGUUUUUAAUGAAAAAUGAUAUUUAGCACAAGAAAAUAAAGUUUAGUGUAUAGUUA